AUGGCGAGGGAGAAAGAUAAGAAAACGGCUGUUGAGGAGAAGAAAGAUAACACAUACCACUGGGUUCAUGAUGAUGUGAAAACUCGAUCGUCUUCAUAUGUUGAUUCUGCGUCCUUGCAUGAAUUCGAGGGUUUGAAGCUCGUGAAAGAAGGUUCUGGUAUAGGUGUUGAGUUACUGCCUUGUUGGAGUGAGGAUAGGGUGUAUUUGAGUAGCUUUUCCAGUCGUUCUCUCUUAUUACUUUAUAAAUCUUCUUUCAAAAAUUUUAAAUCUUUGUUUGUGAAAGUCCGGUCGAAGGAGGCCGAGUACCCUUUUUAUCUUGAUGACGAGCUUAUAAAGAGGUUUCCGUUGUAUUGGUGUUCAGAACCUUGCCAAAUCCUUGAGGCUAUUGAGCGGAGCGUGGGUGAGGAAUGUUCGUUAGAAUUUUUAAUAGAGUGUUUUGCUGAUGGUGUGUGUUUGUCUAUACCCGAACUCCUUCGUUUACAUGAUGCUGGUGAUAGUGAGGGUCUGAAGUCUUAUAUAGGUGGGCGAGCUCCUUUGCUUGAUCCUUCUAAAUUUCAAUCCUUCUUAAAGAAGAAAAAUGAAAAAGAUGCUCGUGUUUCUGGGGUUGUCAAGGAGGCUGGUGGGGAGGUUGCUCAAUCCGCCGCUCAGCCUACUUCAUCAUUCAAGAGAAAAGGGGUGGAAACUGACCAGUCCCUUGAGGUUAUUUCUGAGGGUGAGAAGGACGUUGCUGGUAGCGGCAGAUCUGUGUUUGAUCGCCAGAGGUGGCUGCAUGGGUUCAUUUCUGGGACGAACACACACUCUUUGUGGAGUAAUCAAUUUUCCAUUGCCGAGCUCUCAGAUAGGGUUUCUCAAUACCCUGGCGAUAUGCUCAUGACUCGCCGUAUUGGUAUGGAGGGCAUAAGAAAAUUUAUUCAGAUCGUUGCCUCGCGUCUUAUGUGUGUCGGCCGAACGACGGAGCUGGUUGGGGCUGAGCAUUAGGUCACUGCCGGGAGGGUCACUGAACUAGAGAAGUUGUUGAAGGAAAAGGAUGUGGCUAUAGAGAGAGUUCUGAAGGAGAGGGAUGAGGUGGCCACUAAGAUGAAGUCGUCUGAAGAUGAAGUCACCCGUCUCAGAGACCAGAUCCGACUUCUGCAAUCUUAGAUUAAGGAUAAUGAUUUGGCUAAAGGGCAGUUGACUUCCCGAGUUCAUGAGUUAGAGGAGUUGGGGAUGGAAAUGUUUGCUUCAGGCUUUGACCGGGCUGUUAGUCAAAUUGAGGCCUUGGCACCUGAGUUUGAUUGUGCUCGGCUGGAUGUGACAAAAAUCGUGAUUGAUGGAAAGCUGGUGGUAGAUGGCACGGCGGAGGAUCAUGAUGAGAACGUCCCACCUACCUGACAUGUUUGUCUUCUUUAGACAUAUUUCAUUUUUUGUUUGUAAUUAUAACUCUUGUUUUGCCGAGCUAUGGUCGGUUUGAUAUUUUGUGAACACUUGGUUCUUGUUUUGACUUAAGUUAUGUGUUGACCGUGGUUAGGUCACAUUAAUGAUA